UCCCCGGGCCCUGCGAGGGGGGAGCCGCCGCGGAGGCGAAGGAGGCCGGGGCAGCGGGGCUGCCGGGGCGCUGCUCGCAUGCUGGGCCGGUCGCGCCGCCGGGGCUCGCGCCCUGGGCUGCCCGGGCGCCCGGCAUGUCGGUGCACUACACGCUCAACCUGCGCGUCUUCUGGCCCCUGGUGACCGGCCUGUGCACGGCCCUCGUGUGCCUCUACCAUGUCCUGCGGGGGAGUAGCGGGGGUGCCCGGGCCGAGCCCCCCGACGGCGCGGACGGCGGCUUCCCGCUGCUCAAGGUUGCGGUCCUGCUCCUCCUGGGCUACAUCCUCCUGCGCUGUCGCCACGCUCUGCGGCAGCGCUUCCUGCCCGGCUCUCCCCGCCUGGGGGGCCACUCCGCUUUCUCUCCAAGACACUUUGGAGAGCCAAGCCUCGGCAUCCUGCUGGAGAGUUACUACGAGCACGAGGUGCGCCUGUCGCCGCACGUGUUGGGCCACAGCAAGGCACACGUGAGCCGGAUUGUGGGCGAGCUGGUGCGGGCUGGUCGCGCCCAUGGGUCCCCAGGCCCCAUCCCCGGGGGAGGGCUGGCCUUAGCCUUCCGCGGAGACUUCAUCCAGGUGGGCAGUGCCUACGAGCAGCAUAAGAUCCGUCGGCCCGAUGCCUUCGACGUGCUGGUGCCCCUGCGCCUUCCGCCGCUGGUGGCGCUGGAGCCCCGGAGCCUGGGCACCGAGCCCGCGCUGGCCCCAGCCUUCCACGGCUGCUUCGUGUGCGCACUCAAGGCGCCUCUGGGGGCCUCCGGGAGCCACUGGCUCCGGGACUGCAAACCCUUCGCCGACGGCUUCUGCGUGGACGUGCGCGGGCGGCGCCACCUCUCAGCCACCCUGGUGCUGCGCUGGUUCCAGUCGCACCUGCAGCGCUCCCUGGCCACCGUGCGCUACAGCCUGGAAGGUCGCUGUCGGGUCAGCCUGACCCCGGGCGGCCUGGAACAGCCUCCCACUCUGCACAUCCUGCCCUGCCGCACCGAUUACGGCUGCUGUCGCCUCUCCAUGGCCGUGCGUCUCAUCCCCGCGGUCCAUUUGGGCGACGGCGUCUUCCUCGUGGCACCGCCACUGCCACCAUCGCCGGUCGGGCCCCUGUCGGAGCUCCCCGGAGGCCUGCGCGCCGAUGCGCUGUGGAGCAUGAACACAUCGCGCCAGGAGCAGAAGCUGCUGGGCUGCCUGCAGGAACGGGCCCCUCCGGGGGCCUGCUACCUCAAGUGCCUGCAGUUGCUUAAAGCCCUGCGAGACCUGGGCGCCCGUGGACUGGACCCCACGGCCGCCGCCCAGUGGGGACGAAUCCUGUCCUCAUACGUGCUCAAGACGGUGCUGCUGGCGGUGCUGCUGCGUGACAGGGCAGCGGAGCACGGCUGGGACGAGGCGCAGCUGGUCAGGCGCUUGGAAGAGUUAGUGCAGUUCCUCAGGGACUGCCUGCUGCGACGCCAGACGCUCUUCCACUGUGUCCUGGGCCCUGGCGGGGCGGCUGCCGAGGUGGGCCCACUGCCCAAGGUACUGCGUGAAGCUGCCCCUGUCGACCUUCUGGCUGCUUUUGACAGGCACGCCCGUGAACUUGCGGCGGGGCGGUUGCUGUCCACGUGGCGAAGGCUUCCGCAGCUUCUCCGGGCCUAUGGGGGUCCCCGCUACCUUGCUAGGUGUCCUGCACCCCGGAGUCAGCGCACCCAGGGGUUCCCUAAAGAUGAACCAUAAACAGUGACUGCUCCCCUAAUUGGCCUAAUGCUCCUGAAGCCUCUCCCACCGGGUGGGGGUGGGGGUGGCAAUGAAGCCAGUUCCACCUGAGGAAGAUGAGUAGGUGUUGGAAAGUUGGGAGCAUGAUAUUUGGUGGCUUAAAUGUCGCCCCUGGCUCCAUGGUCCAGUGUGGUUAUGGCAUCUUCAGGCCCACCAGAGUGUCCUAGGCAGGCUGCGGAAGACAGACACGCAACAGACACGCUGAGUUGGUCCACGUGUUGGCUUGUGUGGAAUGAUUCUGUAGAAGGAUCCGCUGCUUUUAGGGAAGUCCAGUAAAGGAAGCAGGAACUAGCCUUAGUUCCCUCUGUCGGUGUUGGAGACAGAUCUCUGUGGCCCUCAGAUUUAAAGCAGCUGAUGUUUCUUUGGCAUCACUACUUGCUAGGUCCUGGGUUCCCAAUUGUCUUUUUUAAAAAUCUGAAUAUCUCCACCUGGAAUUGAAAUUCUAUUGUAGGGGCUACUCUUCUGAGGAACAUAGUUUCCACUUAUUGAAAUUCAUGUAUUUUUUAAAUGGCGCAAUCACGGGAUUGUGAAGAAGUCACACAGGUGGAGAGGCAAUGAAGAGUUGGUUGGAGAAACUUCCAGAGCAAAUAGCACUUUAUUUUGAUCAAUGAUUUCGCUUUGUGGUAAUUGCUGAAAGGGAGGUCAGGUUGAUUCAGCACAGGUCUUGCAAAGUAUUUCGCUGAUGUAUAGCUCAGUGUCUUGGGCUCUGUGCUUGAAGAUCAGUGACUCCCCCAUUGGUCAGCAGAGGAGAAACGCAGUAGAGGCGAGCAAGUUGCAGGGAGAUGGAAGGAGGCAGCCCGUGUCAGCAGUCAGCUCUUUUUUUGUCUUUGGGCAGAAAUAUCACCGGGUUGGGUGCAUAUUGCAGCCAAGAAAAGCCCAUUCUGAAAUCCCUCCUUCUCCUAAAUUUCUAACAGCUCACAAUUGCACCAGUCGACUUAAAUCUCCGUUUAAGUUUAGAAUACUCCAUGCUGUGCUCGCCUAAUAGAAACUGCAGCCAGUCCCUGUGUUACACUUUGGGAUUUUUUUUUUUUUUAACAAAGACAUGUACUCCCUUAGACUCUUAAAGGUAAAAAACUCAGAAGCCGGAAGGAGCUACCUGAAUAGGGCCAUUGUUCAAUUUCUGAGUUAUUUUGAGGGAACUCCUUAAACUUUCUGUAGAGGACCUACGUGGGCACUGCAAGAAAUCAUUACGAAUAAAUGAUUUAUAGGAAAUCCUUGCCAUCAGAGCUGCAGACACUUCUCACAUCCUUUGCAACCUUGGAUUGUAAGAGAAACGGUUGCAAAGGUUGUGCUUUCUCUUUGAGGUUGUUUUGGGGACCGUUCCCCUUGAUACCACAAAGGUCAUUCCUAGCUUUUGAGGUCAGUGUUAGGUCAUGAGGUACUGCAUUUAGCAAAGGGAUUAGUCUACCAACUUCCUGCAAAGCUAUAAACUGCACAGUGUUUUUUAAAAUUACUUUUUAAAAUAAAUGUCAAGAGAAAAUAGAUCUUUAUAUAUAUAUAUAUGUAUGUUUAUAAUCUUUCCAUAGUCAGCCACAACUUCUCCUGUAGUCAUUAAGUCUACUGGAGUGGGAGUUGGGCAGCGAGGCUCUUGGAGGGAUUAUAAAGCUUAUUUUUAAAAGCUGAAUUUUCCAAAUAUUGCUAGCUGAGUUGAUAGGUUUCUUUUUUUCUUAACAGUGUUUUGAGGUUUAGAUCUGGUAACAGAGUGUUCUUGUAGGUUUUUCGUUGUUUUUUUUCCUUCAGGUUAAUUACCCAAAGCCUCAUCCAUCCUCACGAUUUUAAAAUGUUAUUAUUUUUUUUAAAUUAAUGGGGCAUUGUGUUUGUGAGUUUAUAAAAUAAUAGUGUUUUUUAUUUAAAUGCCAUGCUGAGCAUUUGUUCUCUGUACAUGGUAACCAAAACUUAGAAAUUUCGAUCAAUUUUGAUCAAUGUUCAGUAAUCCUAAACAUGUACUGUGUACAAAUGAAAUAAUAUGGCAUAUUAGCCAAGUAUGAUGGUUGCCCAAGGCACUUAAAUGAAGCUCAGUUCUGUAUUUUAUCAGGGCUCCGUCAUUUCUUGGUCAGAAAUGUACACAUUGUUGGUGUAUACUUGGUACUGGAGAGUCAUGUCUGCAAUAUUCUUAUACAGGAAGACUCAGAAUGGCUCAUAUUUAAAAAAUUAAAUACAUAAUUGUCCAGCCAGUGCCCAGAGAAAAAUGUUUGGGGAAAAUGACUCAGUCAUUUUGCCACGAGACACCCUCCAGCAACUCCCACUGACCAGUCUUGGGAGCCAUCCUGGAAUGCUUGUGGGCUGAGAUGAGGAGAUGUUUUUUGUUGUUUUUUUUUUGCAAAAUGAAACUGAAGCUGAAAGACAGGAGAAUGUGAGUAAACCCGAGAGAACGCUGAAGGAUUCGGGAAGGAGGACUUGAGAUGGAAGUGAAGGGAAAGAGAGAUGGGGUGGAAAUCAUAUGAGCGGGUGAGAGAGGUCUGGGUUAGGAAACACAUUUUCUAGGUAUGUGCUGUUUCAAACCAGGAGUCGCAAACUCAGUAGCCUGGAGGAGCGAGGUCGGGCAGGGGUGGGUGGACGACAGGGACGAUCUGAAGGGGGACAGCCAUUACUUGGCUCCACGUGGGGAAAAGAGGGCGAGAGGGGCUAGAAAUCAGGAUUUUUUUUUUAAGUGAAACUUUAUGAUUUUUAAACACAAUAAUUUAAAAAUGUUCAAAACACCCUGUGGGCUAAACAGAACAUUUCGUGGCGCUUUCGGGCCACCAGUUUGCAACCCCUGCCUUACACGUUAACCCCCCAAGUAUGUAUAAGGUUAUAUUUAUUGUUAUGGUUAUAAUGUUGUUACACAUAGUUGGGGGAGGGACAUUUCAAGGCUUCUUUAUCUCUCAGAGCUAAGCUUUAUUGUAGAAACAAACCAAAACAAAUGAACACCGCCGCAGAUAACACUUAACUCACAAUUCCCACAAAGACCCUUGGUCCUGGAGCUGUUCUUUGCAGUCAGACUCUCCAUCAAACCACUGGAGGCUCGUUUGUUCGUUCUUGGCAUUUCCUUCUUGGUGAGUCCUGGCUAACCUCCUGGGCUCCGUUGGAGUUUGCAGAUGAGUCAUCAGGAAGGAUUGCAGAAUAACUUGUUUCUUUUUUACCUGCAUUUUAUCUGUAUUUUUCAAUUCUUUAUUUUUUCAGUGGUAUCCUUGCCUGUGCCUUAGCGAUGGUGGCUGGUGAAUACCAGAAGAGCAGGGCUGGGUCUUUGGGCCAAGCUUCUCAGGCUAACAAGCUUGGUAACAACCAUUCCCACUGCCAGAAACCCUGCUCUGCUAAAAAGGGACUGUCUCCUCCAGAUUUGGCUGCUCCCACCAAAACGCUGACAUCCUAACGUUCUAAAGGAAGUAACCUAACAGCUUCCAAAGCGUCUCUUUUAACCUCACGGAGUAAGUCACUUUUUCCGUAAAAUGUGGGUUUUGACCUUGAUGCUGAAGACGGAACCUCCCUCCCCAGUCGUGGCAAAAAGGAACCUCCACAACAUUCCCAGUGCCCCUCGAGAGGGAAAGAAGUUCAGUGUUAUCAUGUGGCGUUGAAUAUUUCUUAAGUCGCACGUCUGUUAUUCAGACACUACUGUUUAUUUUCUUAUACCUACAUAGCAUAUGAUUUGGGGGGGAUAAAGCCAGUAGAAGUUGGGGGAGGGUAAAGAUAUACACGAUUAUCUAUACAAAGAGAAUGGACUAAAACAUGCAGCUCAAUGAUGUGUAAUCUGGUUUUUGAAGUAUCAGAUAUUCAGGAAUACUUUGAGCACCUUUUGCCUUAAAAAAUGUGCCUUGAUUGAGUCACCCGACUUUAAAACAUUCCUCUUAUUUUAUUGUGAUUUUUAAUGUGUAUUCGGACCCCAAACUGUAUUAUGAUGCAGUGUGUCAGCUGCAAUCAUAGCAUAUGCUUUGUUCAAAUAACAGAGACCAAAGAGUUCAUCAAUUAUGGGUCAGCUGCUACAGUUGUGUGAUUAAAAGGCAUUUUAAUCUCACCAAAUUUCCGUGGUCCCAACAGUUGAGUCCUGCGACGUGUUUUCUAUUUCAGGUUGGAGUAAAUUUGCACUUUUAAUCAGCUGGGUCAUUUGGCGGCCUUGUUCUUUUAUACUUUGCUUUGUUAAUAAAGGAACUUGUAGAAACCUCUGGGCU